AUGUCACAGCACGAUAACAGUUUAGAGGCUCUCGCAAAACCUGUCCAGCUUCUUGAAGAUGUCCCUCAGUCUGAUUCAUCUGGUCUGGCGGCCAAGGACUCACAGUUUUGGCUGGUCUUAGGGGCACUCCUUGUCUCUGUCUUUCUGGCUCAGCUGGAGAGUUAUUCAGUCUCGACAGCCUUGCCAACUAUCGUAACAGAGCUCCACAGUAACCAAUUUGUCUGGGUUGCAACUGCGUACGGUCUUGCAAGCACUGCCCUCCUUCCUCUCAGUGGCGGUAUAGCUGAAAUUUUUGGCCGACGCCCCAUCGUCCUAGCUUCUCUUGUAUUGUUUGCUCUGGGAAGUGCGUUGGGCGGCGCGGCUCAGAGCAUGAACAUGCUGAUUGCAGCACGUACUAUCCAAGGAUCAGGUGCAGGAGGUAUAUUCACUUUAAGUCAGAUUAUCCUCUCGGACAUGGUCACUCUCAAAGAACGUGGAACGUACAGUGGACUCUUCGGGCUAACAUGGGCUUUAGGUGGCGGCAUAGGUCCCUUAGUUGGUGGAGCUUUAGCUCAGCCCUCUAGGUGGCGCUGGCUUUUUUAUCUCAACAUACCUAUCGCUGGCUUGGCUUUUCUACUUGUGUUACUGUUUCUCAGGCUUCCGACUCCGGUAGGGACCCUAAAGGAAAAGAUGGCUCGGAUAGACUGGAUUGGUAAUUUUAUUAUCAUUGGUGCAACAUGUGCUUGUGUGAUUGGGCUCACAUGGGGCGGCGUUGUUUACCCGUGGAAGAGUGCUCAAGUCCUCAUCCCCAUCUGCCUAGGUUUCGCAGGUUUGAUUAUGUUCUUCUUGUUUGAAAGUCUCUGGUGUCAGACUCCACUAGUACCAUGGAAUUUGCUCUCGAAUCGGACUAGUUUGAGCGGAUAUAUUCAAAUAUCACUGGGAGCGUUCAUCAACAUCAGCAUUCUCUAUUACAUGCCAGUGUAUUAUCAAGCUUGCAAAGACACAUCUCCAACUGCAUCCGGCGUUGAUCUCUUCGGGCUCAGUUUCUCCACUGCUCCCUUCUCCAUCUUUGCUGGCCUCAGCGUCAGGGCAACGAAGCGAUACAGGCCCCAGUUAUGGUUUGCGUGGUGUUGUAUGCUACUCGGCCUUGGGCUACUCACCACCGUAGACGAGAACACCGCGCAGGCAAAGUCGAUUGGAUAUCAAGUCAUCAUCGGAAUAGGUGUCGGAAUUGUGUUUUCAGGCACAUAUUUCCCUGUCCUCGCCCCGUUGCCUGUGACUUCAAACGCGUAUGCGUUGUCCUUCUUUGUUUUUGUUCGUACUCUUGCGCAGGUCUGGGCUGUGACGAUUGAAGGCGCAGUGCUCCAAAACGAACUUCAGAAACGUACUCCCCUCACGCUCUUCCAAGGCACACAAUCAGCUCAAAGCACAGACAUCGCGUACUCCAUCAUUCCGCUCAUCCCGCAACUUCCUCCACUCACGAAGGCAGUCGUACGUCAGGCGUUUGCAGUGUCGCUAGUAAUGCUCUGGAAGAUUCUUAUCGUUGUAGCAGGUAUUGGGCUCUUGUCUAGUUUGCUGAUGAGAGGGUUGCCGCUUCACUCGCAGAAAGAUGAGAAGUGGGCAUUGCAGGAACGCCAGAGUGCCGGUGGACGUGAAGAUGGGGAGGAUGUCGAGGCAGAUAGGGAGUGAGGUCACUCAAUUGAAUGUUAGUUAUGCACUACAACAAUUAGAAUCAAUGCAUCUUGUACUAUAAACGCAUGGAAUUCGAAUGGGCAAUGGCGGGUGUACAUAGAUGAGCUUGUGUACUUUGAAGCCUACUGAUUGCAAUUUAGCUAGGUCAUCCACUGU